AUGCAUGAUUGCCUUCCCUCUAGAAUUUUAUCUUCUCAUUCUUCCUCCGCAAUUCACUACUUAGGGCUGAAUAGUUGUUCCAGAUUAUCAAAUGUUUCGAGCAUUUGCAUUUCUCCAUUGAAAAGGAUUUUUUUGAAAAUAAAACCCAUUCAAAAUUCAAUUCCCUUUCGAUCAGACGAAUAUGAAUUUAGAGAUCGAAAUUUAGGGUUUAUUGAGGGCAAAAGAAGACGGGAUAAUCAACUCAAGAAAAGCCUGAAUUCCAAUGACGAAGAAGAGAAAAAGGAGAUUUCAGUUGGUAGAAAUAGAACCAAUAAAGAAGCAGAGGAUUCGAGUAUCGACGAAUUUUUGAAAUUCAGGAGUGACGAGAGUGAUAUUAAUUAUUUAGUGAAAGAUGAGGACUUGGUUAGUAGUAAUGGUAUUGAUGCCAAAUUCGAGGAAUUAGAGAGCCAACAAAAUGCGGAGGCGGUUUCGGUGGUGAGAAGCGGGAAGCAGAUGUUGAGAAGAUCGAAUCUCAUAGCAAAGCAAGUAAUCAGCAUCAGUUCUGCUCUCAGCUUGGGAUUCGUCUCGCAGCUUUGGGUCGACACCACUUCUUGGGUUGUAUUGGUUGUGGAAGUGAGGCCUAACUUACUUUCUGGUGACUUCGAAAGGUUUCUUUUGGAGGACAUUACACAGGUUGGAGAUGUUAUACUCGUUGAAGAUGAGAAUGUGAUGGAAAAUGAGUUCAGAUUGGUCGGACUGGAGACAUUGGUAGGAUACACUGUUGUGACGCCAGGUCGCAGAAGCAUUGGCAAGGUGCGUGGUUAUACCUUUAAUAUCAACUCAGGCUCCGUGGAAUCUCUCGAGCUUGAUUCAUUCGGAAUUUCCAUCAUUCCGUCGAGUUUGGUGAGCACCUAUGCUUUGUUGGUUGAUGAUGUGCAGGAAGUGUUGCCUGACACAGUAGUGGUACGUGAAGCUGCCGCUUCACGCAUGCAAAGGUUAACCAAGGGCUUUUGGGAUGCCCAGAAUGUUGGCAACCCUUUCGUCGAAGUUGAAGAAGAUUCAGACAAAGGCGGACGUGAUCAAGGUGAUUACAGACGCAGGGAUAGGCGUUCAUCUAGUCGGAAGUACCGCUCAAAGAUGAGAGAAACUACCGAUGACUGGGAGCUUCCCAUGGAUUAUUUAUGA